AGCCAACAACCCACACUGAGGGUGCAUCGCUCUGGUUGCUUUGGCUGAUCCCCAAUCCAUCCCCCUGGCUGCCAGCGUCGGAUAUACACAUACACCAGCUCACCCCCCCCCCCGCCACAAGCUGCAUCUCCUUCACACACACCGACACACACACACACACACGUUGCCCAGCCUUGGGGUUUCGUACCUCCGCGUGACCAACCCCACCAACCACCACCAACCAACACCAACCAACCCGAUCGACCCCCACAACCUUUGCGCCGCCGCUGUUACCGCUGUUACCGCUGUUGCUGCUUCAGCGAUACGCAACCCCUGCCUCCUCCACUUUUGCUCCUCCUGUUUUGGCGUCAGCGCGCGCGACCUGUCUGCUCUGCUCUGCUCGACGACCCCACCUUCCUCAAGAGCAGCGUGCCGACCGCAGUUUUUCCCCCUCACCCACGCAGCCAAAACCAACCCCCCCCCCAACCAACCGCAAUCACAGGACCUCAGCACAUCCAUCGCGCUUCCGCACAGCAGCGCGCUCGUCAUCAGAAGCCCAAUCAAGCCGCAGCAGCAGUCGUAGAAGCACCAUUUAACCACACACACACGCCCGUGCAACAGCCCUCGCCCCUCGCCCCUCGCCCCUCGCCAUCAAGCGGCCGCUGCUACACCAACCAAUCAGAACCCAGGAAGACAGACACGCAAGCGCACGACACAAGACAGGCCAUCAAGCUCAGGAGGACACAGCCAGCACCCACCAGGACGCAAAGGCAUCAAGAACCAAACAACCCCUCCCCCACAACAUCACAACAGAGCUUUCUUCCUUUGCCUGCAAGCAAGCAAUGGUCAACAGCACCAUGGUGCAGCCACAGUCAACGCCCAGCACCCACCCUGCCCUCCGCCAGCACCAGCAACUUCAACCACAGCAGCCGUUUCUCCAACAGCCGCCCAGGUUAACAAGCGCAGGAAACAGCGGCAGCAGCCAAGCUCCCAGCCCGGACAGCGCCCUUGCGUUUGUUGUGGACGUUACAGACACACCAGCCACACUGCGUGCGCUCCACGCAUGCAUCCUGGACCCCCAUCUCUUCACGCUGAGCGCCGCCUACACCGUCGGCAACGUUGCGGGCCUAAACCCGUCUACCAUGGCGUUGCUACAAUUCCAGUGCCUCCUUUGCGAGCUCAUCAACGGCAUGCCCUCGCUCGACGCCCAGCUCCGCGCCUUCAAGCGGCUCUUUCCGUCGGCAGUCCUCAUCUCCCGCGUCGUUCUGCCGGCCGUGGACGCUGCCAUCUACUGCUUCACGCCACCUGUCGGUCCAAAGGCCGACCAGCACUCCAGCGAACAGCAACCGCCGCAGAACAACGCAGACAGCAGUGACACGCACAAGAAGAGCAAGAGCAGAAAGAAGAAGAGCAAGAAGAAGAAGCAUGGCAAACACAAGGCAAAGCGCGACAAGGACAGGAGGCCCAAAGACACUGCAGAACAGCAGCAACAGGAAGAGGCAGACGUCAACAAGGAACGGCAAGCCGUACACCAGCAGCAAGAAGGCGCUGAUGUGGUUAUCAGCGAGGAAAUGCCUGCCGACUUCAACCGGGAGAAACGCCGCAACAGUGACGAAGGCAUCGAUUCGCCACCCGAGUCGAUCACCCCGGCAUCGUCAUCGUCAUCGUCAUCGUUGUCACUGGACGCAGUGUACGUGAGCGGCAAGGCCGAGCAGUCUAAUGAGGCGGGCAUGAGCCACGAGCAGCUGCAAUUGGUCGAGGCAUCCGCCGCCCUCUUGCAGCUCUCGGGCCAAGCACCACGCCUGCAGCAGCAAGAGCAGGAGCAGCAGCCCACGCCACCAGCGAGGAUCAACGGCAAGCAGCAGCCAAAGUCUGUGCGCCUGAGCCCGCGUCGUGCAAGGGCGGCAGCAUCUGCCAUCCCAUCCAAGCUCAAACUCAAGCUGAGCCGCUCGCACGUGCUCGCCUCCACGGCCCCAGCUCCACCACAUUCCCCAGCACUCACAUCGGCGCCUUGAGGAGCCACUCCGUAUCAUUCCAUUAGAAACCCUCCUGUGCGGAUGAAAGCACAUCGUGCAAGGGCUGCUCGCCUGUGCCGGUUUUGGGGUUCUCCAACAUCUCGAGCGUGCCAGUGUGUGACCUUUGUCCUCGCUGGCGGCGAUUUGUAGUUGAGAUGAUAUUUCCCCGUGUGGCUCCCUCCCUCCCUUGUUUCCCACUUCGUGAUGACAGCAUAGCACGACGUUCUCUUUCGCUUCUGACGCGGUGUUGUCACAUCACACGCACGCACAAGAGAGGGCGUACCUAGUGCCUAUGCAAGGUUGUAUCCGUUGUGUGUGUGUGUGUGUGUGUGUGUGUGUGUGUGUGUGUGUGUGUGUGUGUGUGUGUGUGUGUGUGCUGAUGUCAGCUUGUCUGGUCUGCGUUAAUGGUGUGCUGUUACGCUUUGUUACAUGUGCCUUCUUCCCGACAACGUCCUGCUGUGUGCAUGUUCGCGCGCGCGCGCGCGUGUGUGUACCUGUGCCUGUGUGUGCAGCUGCUGUGAUACUUUCCAGCAGCACCAGUGGUGAUGUUACAACUUCUGAGUAAGGUCGUUUGCUUGCAAGUGAAGGCUUCUUGUUUUGCCUUGUAUGUGUGUGUGUGUGUUUCUCCAUUUCCGUCCUCUUGGUCUAGCUUCAGGGUUUUGUCAGGAUUACAUUACAUUUCAUCAGAUG